CCCGCACCGUGAAGCUCGCCCAACCGCGGCGGAGCCCCGCACCGCGCCGCCGGCCCCAUGGCGAAGGAGAAGAGCAGGAAGGCGCUGGUGGAGCUGCUCCAGCGGCCGGGAAACACGGCGUGCGCCGACUGCGCCGCCCCGGACCCGGACUGGGCAUCCCACAACCUAGGGAUCUUCAUCUGCUUAAAUUGUUCAGGAAUCCAUCGCAAUAUUCCCCAAGUCAGCAAAGUGAAGUCAGUCCGCCUGGAUGACUGGGAUGAUGCUCAAGUGGAGUUUAUGGCUGCGAAUGGGAACAAUGUAGCAAAAGCAAAAUAUGAAUCUAAAAUGCCACCGUUUUAUUAUAAACCAACGUUUCUUGACUGUCAACUGCUGCGGGAGCAAUGGAUCAGAGCCAAAUACGAAAGGAAAGAGUUCAUUCACAGUGAGAAGCAGGAGCCUUAUUCUGCAGGCUACCGAGAAGGAUUUCUGUGGAAGAGAGGACGCGACAACGGGCAAUUCUUAAGCCGAAAAUUCGUGUUAUCAGAGAGGGAAGGUGCACUGAAGUACUUCAACAAAAACGACGCGAAGGAACCCAAAGCAAUUAUGAAGAUCGAACAUCUAAAUGCAACUUUCCAGCCUGCAAAAAUCGGGAACCCACACGGACUGCAGAUCACUUACUUGAAGGACAAUAGCACAAGGAACAUCUUCGUCUAUCAUGAAGAUGGCAAGGAAAUAGUGGACUGGUUCAAUGCCAUCCGCGCAGCACGGUUUCAUUACUUACAAGUGGCAUUCCCUGGAGCCAGUGACGUUGAUCUGGUGCCAAAGCUUUCUAGAAACUACCUGAAGGAAGGCUACAUGGAGAAAACGGGGCCAAAGCAAACAGAGGGAUUCAAGAAGCGAUGGUUCACCAUGGAUGACCGACGGCUCAUGUAUUUCAAAGAUCCCCUGGAUGCCUUUGCUAGAGGGGAAGUUUUUAUUGGGAGCAAGGAAAACAGCUACAAGGUCCUGGAAGGGCUCCCACCAUCCACGCAGGGAAACCACUGGCAGCACGGGAUAACCAUUGUCACCCCGGAUCGCAAAUUCCUCUUUGCCUGCGAGACAGAGGAUGACCAGCUGGAGUGGAUUACAACCUUUCAGAAAGUUAUAAGCCGGCCGAUGCUGCCUCAGGAAUACGCAGUGGAAGCCCAUUUCAAACAUAAACCUUAGCUGGGACUGGCUGGGCAGACCUGAGGAGUGAGCUUCUGUUUACAACACAACGUGGUUUUAUUUCAAAUGUUAAAAAUAAUGAAUAAUAAUAACAGUAAUAAUAAUAAUACUA